AUGCACUCCACGGAGGGGGGCCAUCCCCUGCUCCCCAAAGCUGCUACAACAGCAGACGACUCGUCAUGCACGCUGGCAGCACGGAAGGCUGCACGACCGCACAGUCUCCUUGACCUGGACGAUGACGUUUUCAACUAUAUCUGCUCCUACGUGCCAGUCGAUGACCUUCUUCGCAAUGUAGCUGCCGCCAGCCAUGACACACGGCGCCGCACUUCAGCCAGCAAUGCCCUCUGGCAGCAGUUGUGGAUGCGUUAUUUGCUUCUCUUCUACAACUCCUUGAUUCCGCCGACAACGACAGCAGCCAGCCCAGCGUUGUCGCCAGCAUCACCGACUCUAGGAUUGGGGUCAGUGGCGCUGCCAGACACGAUGGGCACGCUUCACACCGCCACUACCACGCCACCCAGGCAUGAUAGCAUCUGGCACCUCUAUCACUUUCGCCACUCCACGGAAGCGAGACCACACGUGGUGCAGCUCGAGAAGCUCCGCCUUAUACGCGAAGAUAUCACCGACCCGGCGGCAGCAGAAUCGCCUAUCUCACGCCGCACCUUCAACCAAGUAAAAACGUCGGCCAUUCAUGCGCAGCUGCUAAGCUUUGCUCAGGCGUGUGCUACGCAGCCCGUGGCAUGGAAUCUCACGUACAUGACACCCGUGUCUACUCCCUCCUCCGACUCCCCGCCGGUCAUUGACCGAGGUGAAGGGGUGACACAGUGCGAAAACUUGGCGCAGCGUAGUGCCUGGCUUGCGCAUAAGCAGCAGCAGCGGCAGACGGAUCGGCUACAGCGGGCACUGCACUUCCUUCUCUCCGCGAGCGAUCAUCGGCCCCGCUUUCACGACCAACUCUGGGGGGACACCGACGAGGCUGAAAAAGAGUUUAUCCGCUAUGCGCAGGCUGAGGCGGAGCCCACAGCCUCGAAGCCGGAUAAGCAGCAAAACACACCGAGUUCGUUGUCACAUUCAGUGGCAGCGCCACUUUCGCUGCCAGUGCGACUCCGCCCGAUGAGCUGGCUCGACCAGGAGACCUCGGUGAAGGUCCUUCUCUUCGACGACGACACGCGCUCUAUCGGCGACGCCGCAGCGGUGCAGGAGGAGCGCUCCAAGCUGCUAGACUCCAUCACACAGAACUGGCGUAUCGCCUACGCCUCGCACUUUUACCCCAGGGAGACGGACGGCAAUGACUCGGGAAGUCCUCUGCGGCAUCUCCCUGUGUCUUCCCCGCCCGCCUCCGCUACGGCAGCGGCAACAGCGGGUGGAGGCGCAGCGCGGCCUCGGUCCAAUGCUGAGCGCGACCGCCAGCAGCAGGAGCCGGUCAACGGAGGACGCGCCACAUGGGAGCAGGUGUACCGUCGCUUCCGGGAUGGUAACAGCGGCACCACCCGUGGCGCCGCGGGUAUACAACAGCGGGCAGCAACGCGGACAAGAGAGGUGGGCAGCAGCAACGACGACGCAACCAUUCCCUCCUCGGGCAAUCCCCUCUUUGACAUGCAUCUUCUCGGCUACGAAAAGCGCAAGCAGGUGUACGCCGCCAUGCUGGCCAGCACCGUCGAGGUGCCUGACGGCAUGGGGGUGUUCUUUGGUACGUGUGUCUCCGAGUCCUUCUUGCGUUGGUGGUGCUGUCGGAACCAACGACGCAUGGAGGCAAGCCAGGCACCCGCGGCUUCGCCAACCGACGCCGUCGGCUAUGAUCGCGGAGGGCUACCAGCCCGACGUCACAUUGUCCUCGCUCCUUUUACCACCGCUGGCGGUGACACGUUUCCGCCGCCGUCGCUUUGGGUGGUGCAAGUGGCUGUCAGAGACCCGCGUGCCAGCAUAAAAAGAAACGAGGCGACGGCUGAGUCCGUCACUUACAGCUCCUCUUACUCGGAUGUAGCCACGACAGCGAGUAGCGCCAGCAGCUACACGUUCGCCUCGCCAUCCAUAAGCUUUACGGAGGAAAGAGAGGAAGAAAGCCAUCCUGUCGCAGCAGAGGGCACAAGCGUGCUCGAGACAGCCUAUGCCGCUGCCGCGGGUGAAGAGCCGGCGUCUCCAUCACGGCCAGCGCCAACGCUGCUGCACCACGUACCUGUGGCGGUGCUCUUCCCUCUUCCCCACAUGCUCACGUACUGGUUCAUGAUGCACCAUGUCUCCUUCUACAGUCAUCAGGUAUACAGGCGCAUGGGGGGCGAUCAGGAACUCACCAUUGCCGUGUGGAGCCGUAUCCUCAGCCCCACAGGGCACAGCGCCGAGUGUCGUCUCUUCUACUCGCUGCGAUGUGCUACUUUUCCGCGCAUGUUCACGAAGAUGAUGUUCACACCUGGGGUACUACCAUCGCUGACACUGCCGGACAAGAUGACGAAGUGCUUGCCGUACUGCUCCUCGCCGUCAUCGUCUUCGGCACGGAACUCAUAUUCGUCUGCUGACACCGAUAGUGAUGGUGGCGACACGUCCGGGUCGUCGAGCAUAUCGACGGAUAAAAGGCCGGUAGACAGUCGGCAAAUCUACGAACUUUUCUGGACAGGCUUUGGGCGUGUGGAGGUGGAUUCUGGGCCGACCAUCUCGCGAUCGAACAUGGUGCGUCUGCGCAUCGCACUCGGACUGCCGCUCCACUACCCGAUGGGGCUUCUUUGGAAUGUGGUGAUGUUUGCCUCAGGCAUCGGCCCUCUCAUUCUUAAAGAGCAUCGGCACUCCCUGCACCUCAACUACUCCAAGACGUUCACCGACAUCGUGGCGGGCGAGUUUGGUGAGCUCGCGUGCUACGGCCUCGGUGCCCAGCUAUCCAGCAGGAGGAACGAUGCCACAGCAAUGGCGAAUCCCCUCGACGCGGAGAUGGCGGCGAUGCAGGGGCGACACGCCAUAGCCAUAGUGGCACCCACGGUGGGGCAAGGGCUUGCCGUGCGAACCACCGACGACAACGAUCGAGAAGCGCACCAAGCUGACGUGCAAGCAAGCAGCGAGCCUAUUCCUGCAGAUCAUAACACCCCUUCCACCACCGUACCUCCCACCGAUGUCGCGAACUGGUCGGGAGACCUGAACUCGGAUUUCAGUAAUGACGAGGACUACUGGUCACGUCCUGGCAGUGACACCUCCGCCUCCGAGCAUUUCUGA